GCAACACGGCUGAUACAGGAAGUGUUGCAAGUUUGCGAGCGGUCUGGCCAAAAAGUUGGUUUCCGUCCACACACGGCGCACGCCUGCCCACGAAGACAGGAGAUGUUCACCGAGUGCUCCGUUUAACGGCGACAGACCGGAACCGGUACCGAAAGAGGAGGACGUUGACGCCGCCAACGCUCGGCGAGGACACGGAGCAAUUCCAAGGUUUGCGCCGGGAGUUGCCGCACUCAACGCCGCGAUGUGGGAACAGGAGGAAUUCGCCAAACACUGGAGGAACGAAUUCCCCGACGGCGAAGUCCCACACAUGGACCUGAAUUCGGUGGAGGACAUCGAGUCGGAGCUGGAGGCGUCCAAAGCCAACCUGAAGCGGCUCCAGAAGGCUCUGGCGGAGGAGAAAUUCAAGGUGAUCUACCUGCAGACCACCAUGGCGCGACGGAGGACGGGCGAGCCGGAAAGUUCUCAAAGCAGAGACGUCAACUUCAACGCGGACGCCUUCGCGACAUUCAAGACGCCGAACGUGAAGAUGUCACGUGACCUGCUCGACGCGGGACGCUCGGCGUCGGGUUCGUCCGGCCGGGAGCGGAGCAGGUUCAGCGGCAAGGUGGGCAAGCCGGUGCCCAUCCCGGUUCCGCCGCGGAAGCUCAGCAACCCCAGACCGGAGACGACGAGGAUCCGCGACGAUAACAGCGACCGGGAGUAUGAGGAUUUGGAGAUGAAUGAGAAUUUUGUCAGGAAUAACUUAUUGGCACCCAAGGGGACGCCCGGCGUCCAUCAGCCGCACCCCGGACGGCCUUUCCGCCACAGCAGAGACUUGGACUCCGGGGACGAGUGUCGGGUGUCCCCGCCCCUGCUGCAGAUUGGGCGCCGUUCUGGCUGCAGCACCCCGGACAGGAGGAGCGAUGGCUACCUCAGCUCUGAGCACGACGACUCCUCCUCUGCAGAUUUUAACUACAACACAGAUGGCUACGAGGGGGACGGGCCGGAGGACGGCAAGUGUCAAGAUGGCUCGGAGACGCUGCCCUAUAUAGAUGAAUCCCCGACCAUGUCGCCCCAGCUGUGCACGCCUCAAGGACCACACGGAGAAAUGGUCUCCCCCACGCCACCAGAAGGCCUCCCCCCCGGGGCCCCGUUGAAGGCAAACACAGGCAGGAAGAGAGGAGGCGUAGGAGAGGAGGACAGGGACAUGGAGGAGGACGAGGAGGAGGUGCUGUGCUAUCUGGACAGGGUGCUGGAGGAGGAGGUGUUUGACUAUGAAGAUGGGGAAGUGGAGCCCAUCACUCCGGUACACAGGCAGUUCAAGGGAGACAUUGAAAAAGGACUGGAGAUGAAGAAACUUGUGCUUUCUGGUUUCUUGGCCAGUGAGGAGAUUUACAUCAACCAGCUGGAGGCUCUGCUGCUGCCCAUGCGUCCCCUGAAGGCCACAGCCACCACCUCCCAGCCCGUCCUGACCAUCCAGCAGAUCGAGACCAUCUUCUACAAAAUCCAGGACAUCUUCGAGAUCCACAAAGAAUUCUACGACGCUCUCUUACCCAACAUCAGACAGUGGGAUGAGAAGGUCACGGUGGGACACCUCUUCCAGAAACUGGCCAGCCAGUUGGGGGUGUACAAGGCCUUUGUGGACAACUACAAGGUGGCACUGGAGACCGCCGAGAAAUGCAACCAGGCCAACAGCCAGUUCCAGAAGAUAUCGGAGAACUUGAAGGUGAAAGGUCCCAAAGACUCCAAAGACUGUACCACAACCGUCUCAAUGGAGGCUCUCCUGUAUAAACCCAUCGACCGUGUGACCAGAAGCACCCUCGUUCUUCAUGAUUUGCUCAAACACACGCCAAAGGACCAUCCCGACUUCCCCCUCCUGCAGGACGCUCUGCGGAUAUCUCAGAACUUCCUGUCCUCCAUCAACGAGGAGAUCGACCCCCGCAGGACCGCCGUCACCACGCCCAAAGGAGAGGCUCGUCAGCUGGUGAAGGACGGCUUCCUGGUGGAGGUGUCGGAGAGUUCCAGGAAGCUACGACAUGUCUUCCUCUUCACCGACCUGCUCCUCUGUGCCAAAAUGAAGAAGACAUCUGUUGGUCGUCACCAGCAGUACGAGUGCAAGUGGUACAUCCCUCUUGCCGACCUGACUUUCCAGACGCUAGAAGAGUCGGACUCGUGUCACAGCAUCCAAGUCCUCCCCGAGCACGAGAUUGAGGAGAUGAAGAUCAAGAUCUCGCUCUUAAAGAGCGACAUCCAGAAAGAGAAGAAAGCACCGAGGGGUCAGAACCGUGUGGAGCGUCUGAGGAAGAAGAUGAACGAGCAGGAGUCUUGGCUGCUGCUCCAUUCCCCCACCAUCCCUUUCCGCAUUCACAACAAACACGGGAAGAGUUACCUGUUCCUGCUCUCUUCUGAUUAUGAGAGGUCAGAAUGGCGGGAAAGCAUCCAGAAGCUCCAGAAGAAAGACCUCCAGACAUGUGUGCUAAGCUCGGUCGAGCUGCAAGUCCUGACUAGCUCGUGUUUAAAGCUCCGAACCGUCCACAACAUUCCUGUCACCAGUAAUAAAGACGAUGAAGAAGCUCCGGGCUUGUACGGCUUCCUCCACGUGAUCGUCCACUCCGCCAAAGGAUUCAAGGAGUCAGCCAAUCUCUACUGUACCCUUGAAGUGGACUCGUACGGAUACUUUGUGAGCAAAGCGAAGACCCGAGUCUUCAGAGACACGACAGAGCCUCAAUGGAACGAGGAGUUUGAGAUCGAGCUGGAGGGUUCCCAGUACCUGCGGAUCCUGUGCUAUGAAAAGUGUUACGAUAAGAGCAUGCUCAACAAGGAUGACAACGAGAUUGUGGACAAGAUCAUGGGCAAAGGCCAGGUCCAGCUGGAUCCUCAGACGGUGCAGUCCAAGAACUGGCACAUGGACGUCAUUGAGAUGAACGGGAUUAAGGUGGAAUUCUCCAUGAAGUUUACAAGUCGGGACCUGAGUCUGAAGAGGACGCCAUCCAAAAAACAGAGCGGCGUAUUUGGAGUCAAAAUCAACGUGGUGACAAAGCGGGAGCGCUCCAAGGUGCCUUACAUCGUCCGCCAGUGCAUUGAGGAAGUGGAGAAGAGGGGCAUCGACGAGGUGGGAAUCUACAGGAUCUCGGGGGUGGCCACUGACAUCCAGGCCCUGAAAACGGCGUUCGAUACCAAUACCAAAGACAUCCUGGUGAUGUUGAGCGACAUGGACAUCAACGCCAUCGCCGGGACGCUGAAGCUGUACUUCAGGGAGCUGCCGGAGCCUCUGCUCACCGACCGUCUGUACCCGGCCUUCAUGGAGGGAAUAGCACUGUCGGACCCCGCGGCCAAGGAGAACUGCAUGAUGCACCUCCUGCGGUCCUUGCCGGACCCGAACCUCAUGACCUUCCUCACUCUGCUGGAGCACCUGAAACGGGUGGCGGAGAAGGAGCCCCUCAACAAGAUGUCCCUCCAUAACCUGGCCACAGUGUUUGGCCCCACUUUGCUCAGACCGUCUGAGUCGGAGAGCGCCAAGGGACAGCACAUCACGUCCGCCUCUGACAUCUGGUCACACGACGUCAUGGCUCAGGUCCAGGUGCUGCUCUACUACCUGCAGCAUCCUCCCAUCUCCUUUGCCGAACUCAAACGCAACACGCUCUACUUCUCCACUGACGUUUAAGCCCCUCCCACCUCCCUCAUGGGCGACCAGAGAGUGAGAGAUGAGCACAGAUCCUCCUACCUCGCCUCUUCUGCAAGCGGGCAGCUCCUCUGGACUGUACAGCCCAGCCACCCCACACCCACCCACCCACCACCGCCACCCCGUACCCUUCCUAGCGACACCGUGCAUAGGAAGGUGGCGGAAAAACACGUUUGUGGUCUUAAAGGCACUGAUCAAUUUCAGCGAGGGAGGGAGAGGGGAUUUUUAGAGGCCGCAGCCCGGCGCCGUGGCUCAGGAGCAAGCCUGGGGGUGUGGCGUCAUCUGGAGACGCUGGUUUGAUGGAAACCAGCCGACACCGAACCUCCAGCUCCAUGCUGUGUCCCCGAGAGGCAUUCCAUCAGCUGCAUUUAUGUUUAGGGAAAAAAUUAUUUCCUUUUUCUGGAGGCGUGAAAAGACUGAAUGGCUGGCAUAGUCGCUUUUUUUUCUUCUUCUCUUUUUUUUUUUUUUUUUUUUUUUUACCAAGCGUUGUUCCCUCCCCACUGAUUAUUGGCAAAAUUAUCCUAAUUUAUUUAAAAUUUAUAUAUAUAUAUAUAUGUGUGUGUGUGUGUGUAUGCUUGUACAGUUCUGUGCGACUAGAGAAAUGUUCUAAGGAGUCUCGUUUUCUGAAGUUUAUUCAGGUAGUGAUGUUAUUUUUUUCGUAUUAUUUUCCUCACUUCACUGACCGUCGUCUUGGCUGGUUAACAGUACUGAAAGCAUCACGGCGGAAUCUGCCACUUUGUUAGCAAUCACUUUGUAGAGGGAAAGGAUGCUGUGUGACGCAAUAGGGCAUCAAACACGAUGGCUUUUUUUUUUCUUAUUGUUGCAUUGCAAGCCUGCUCCGAGUGUCCCACUGCACCGAUAUAAUCUAUAGGAGGAUGUGUUUAGUUGCCAUCGUUGCAUGUUCAGCUUGUUAUUCCAACCAGGCCAAGUGACACACAGGUAGGUUGUGUGUGAGUGUGAGUGUGUGAGUGUGUGUGUGCGUGUGUGUAACUCUGCUCUGUACAAAGCCAACCUCUUUGCUAUCACAUCUGCAACAUGUUGAAAAAUGCUCAGUGAGUACUAUUUGGUAUUUUUAUUAAUAAGAAUAAAAUAAAAAUAAAAAUUGUUGUUCUACUUUCUUUGACAAGGAUUUCAGUAUACUGUAAUUUUGAGGCUAAAUGUUAUUGUUCUCAUUUUUUUAGUGAAAUAAAAGACAAGAACUCA